AUGAUUUUGAUUCAUUUUAUAAUGAUAAUUCUAAAUCAUCUACGAAUAAUGAUAAGACUAAUGAUAAUACUAAUGAUAUAUAUGAUAAGAUGCCUAUGGAGGUCUCCUUCGAACAAUCGUUAAAAAUUUUAUCGAUGGAUGACUUUUAUAAGAAACAAGAGGAAAGCAAAGUGGUAUCACUAGAAGAGACACAAAAUAUAAUGAAAACAGUAAUAUAUAAAUAUCAUAAAAUAUAUUCAGAAACCGUACGGACGAAUGAUGCCUAUGGUAGAGUAAUAGCCGAAGACAUAUAUUCUUCUGUAAAUGUGCCGCGUUGUUGUGUUUCCACUAAACAUGGAUACGCGGUGUUGGCCAGUGAUGGGCAAGGUGUCAGAAAAGUGUUGAAAGCAAAUCUCAUGUUAGUUAAAAAGAUUUCUAUCGUACCUGGCAUUUGCAUACGAGUAAGAAGUGGAGAUCCUAUACCCGAUGGAGCAACGGCGGUUGUAAAGUCUGUAAAUACAAAGAUAAUAGAUGAAGACGAUAAUGAAAAUUAUUUUAAUAUCGACAACAUGGAAUACGAAAUUGUGGUUUUAGUCGCUCCAAAAGAGGGUGAAAAUAUUAGAAAAGCUGGCUGCGAAAUAAAGUCCAACGAGCUUAUUAAAUACGCAUUUAGUCGUAUUAAAACAGCGGAUCUGGGCAUUUUGACAUUAUGUGACAUCGAUUCAAUUACAGUCAUUAAACUUCCAUCUGUAGGUCUGCUAUGUAUCGGUUAUGAUGUAUUAAGAUCUGGAAACACUUCAACUUUAGGACGCGUCUACGAUUGCAACAAGAUAAUUGUGUCCUCGUUAUUGAAAAAGAAUAAUUAUGAUCCGGUGGACUUAGGAAUUUCUGCUCACAAAUUAGAUGAUAUAGUCAAUAAAAUAAAAAACGCUUUAGACAAAGUGGAUAUACUCGUAAUAAUGGGCCAUACAAAUGACAAAGAUCUAUUAAAGCCUAUCUUAAAAACAUAUUUUAACGCAAUGAUACAUUUCGGUUGUGUGGAUAUGAAACCAGGAAAAUCGACAAUGUUUGCAACGUGCACGUUCAAACAGAAAAUGAAGUUUUUCCUAUGCAUGUCGGCAAACCCCACAACUGUUUCCGUUGUCACGCAUGUAUUGCUUCUGCCAUUUCUGAACGAAACGUAUUGCAAUUACUUGAUGAAGCCCGUGAACAUGCAGGCUUGCGUACAUACAAAGCACGAGCUGCAUUCGCGUCCGAAAUUUUCCUGGACGACAUUACGCUGGAUGGAGACAGAAAGAUUUUCAAGAGCUUGCUGCUUACAAAAUCAAAAUAUAAUAAGCUAUCAAAAAGGUAACGCGCUUCUAAAAUUGCCAUCAUGUUCGCCAAAUCAAUCGAUAUUAGAAGCAGCAUUCGUACCAGCAAUGUUUCUGAAAAAUCUCUAAGAUAUUCCUAAUCGACUAGUAGUAUGUAUAUUCGUAUACAUGUAUGUUAUUUAGUUAUAU